CACCGAUGAAGAAGGUGAAGCCGAGGGUUCCGAAGCAGCCAUUGGACCUCUCUGCUGUUCGUAGAUCUAACCGUGUUGCAGAUUUGCCUCCUCGCACCUACAAAGAAAAUCUGAGUGUUGUGCCAAUGGGGAGGGCAAGGAGCUACAGCAGUGGUCGAAGAAGGGAUUUGUCGAACAGAGUUUACGCGUCGGAUGAAGAUAGAGCGUACGCCAUCGAACGGGCAGAGGAACUCGAAUCGCGUCUGGAUAAAGACAAUAUGCCAGUCUUUGUGAAGCCUAUGCUUCAAUCACACGUCACCGGUGGAUUUUGGCUGGGUCUCCCGGUUCAUUUCUGCAAUAAACACCUUCCGAAAAGCGAUGAAAUGAUGGAUUUAGUUGAUGAAGAAGGGGAAGUGUUUCCGACCAAGUACCUUGCUCUGAAAAGAGGCCUCAGUGGUGGAUGGAGAGGUUUUGCCAUUGAUCAUGAACUCGUCGAUGGUGAUGCCCUCGUUUUUCAAUUAACCGAUCGAACAACCUUCAAGGUUUAUAUCAUAAGGGUAAAUGAUUCGGGUGAAAGUAGCGACUGAUGAAUUUAGCGUAUCGUUAAGUCGAGCGUAAGUAUUUUGUACUCUGGCCACAUUUUUUAGACACGAGGCGAAAAAGCUUUGCUUAUGUUGGCCAGAAGAAGCUCAAUAGUUCAUGCUUAUGUGCUUGUAGAUUCAAUCAUAGUAGAAUAUUUAAUUAAAUUAGAUAUAUUAGAGGCAGUGUUCAUUUUAUGAAAUUGUAUGUAAAAUUCAGUACGCCAAAAAUUCAAUUCUAAAUGCUCCGAAUUUAAAAUAUUAAGUUCGGUAAUUAUUAA